AGAUGGCGGCCACCUUAGUAGCUGGACGCCCAGCGGGGACCGAACCUGCAUGGGGGCCGGAGGCCUUGUGCCCGGACUGGGGAAGCCGUGAAGUCUCCACAGGGACAACUAUCAUGGCCGUGCAGUUUGCGGGCUGGGGUGUAGUUUUGGGAGCUGACUCCAGAACCACCACUGGGUCCUAUAUAGCCAACCGGAGUGCGGACAAGCUGACCCCAAUUCACGAUCGUAUUUUCUGCUGCCGCUCAGGCUCAGCAGGCUGAUACCCAGGAGCAGUCGCUGAUGCAUCACUUACCAGCCUUGGUUUCCACAGCAUUGAACUGAAUGAGCCUCCUUUUGAGUACACACAGACAGCCAGUCUCUUUAAGAGAUGUGUUACCGAUUACCGAGAAGAUCUGAUGGCAGGACUUAUCAUUGCAGGCUGGGAUCACCAAGAAGGAGGGCAGGGUAUACUCCAGUGCCCAGUGGGAGGUAUGAUGGUCAAGCAGCCCUUUGCCAUUGGGGGCUCUGGGAGCUCCUAAAUCUAUGGCUAUGUGGAUGCUACUUACCGGGAAGGUAUGACUAAGGAAGAGUGUCUGCAGUUACGUGCUAAUGCUCUUGCUUUGGCCAUGGAGAGGGAUGGCUCCAGUGGGAGGGUGAUCCGCCUAGCAGCCAUUUGCAGAAUCAGCGCGGUAGAACGGCAGGUACUUUUGGGAGAUCAAAUUCCCAAAUUUGCCAGUACCUCUUUAACCACCUCCCUUGAAUCCAGAGUACAGUAA